AUGAGCCAAACUGAACAGUUGUCAUUGCUUGUACGAUUUGUUUGGAAUGACGAAGUUGAGGAACGUUUGCUUGCGAUGAUGCCGAUGAAUGAAACAACAGCAGAAGCUCUUUUUGAGGCUGUCACCCAAAAGCUACAGCAACAUGGAAUAGAUGUUGCUCACUUGCGUGGACAGUGUUACGACGGUGCAAACAAUGUAGCAGGAGUGCACACUGGCCUGCAAGCACGAAUCAAAGAGGUUUCACCUUCUGCUCUCUAUACUCAUUGCUAUGCACAUAUUCUCAACCUUGUCAUUGUGGACACUAUGAGCAAAAACAAGAUUGCCUGAGAUUUCUUUGGAACGUUACACAACUUGUAUGUCUUUAUCCAGUCUUGCCCAAAGCGACAUAGUGUUUAUGUGAAGAAUCAGAGGGAAAUUAAUGCCCAUGCCGGAGGAGAGAAAAGGGAGUAUACCCUUAAGAAGCUAUCUGAUACCAGAUGGGCUUGUCGUGCAGACAGUAUAGUAGGAAUACACCGUACUUUAGAUGCUGUAAUUGCAACGCUGAAGGAGGUUAGGGAAAAUGAAACAAAGGCCGACAUUGCAGCUGAGGCAAAGGGACUGCUGCAAAAUGUUCAAGACUUCGAAUUCAUUGUUGCUCUAGAGGUAAUUUAAAUAAUUGAACUGUUAUUUUUUUUAAAAAAUAUGCGCAUAAUGAAAACUGUUCUUUUUAAUUUGUUCUAUUUUAUCGCAAGGUGCUAAAAAAGGUGCUGCAUCUUAGUAAAGGGGUUUCAGACAAGCUUCAGUCCGAAGGCCUCGACGUUGUUUCAGGAUGUGAUAGAGUAGCUGAUCUUCUUACUGCAAUUAAGGCUCUUCGAUGCGAUGUGAAGUUUGAAGAUUUCUGGCUUGCAACCCUAGAGAGAUGCGCAAAAUUGGGAAUCGAGGAGCCAAAAGAAAAGCGUCCUCGCAAGGUUCCUCGGAGACUGGAUGAGAACCCAGAUACAGCCGCUCAGGUUUCAGUCAAAGACAAGUUUAAAAUUUUCUUUUUCUACAAUGUGAGUUUUUAACACGAUUCAUAAUGUGACCAAUGUCUUAGAGGUGGUAAAUUUCACAAUCUUUAUUUAAUUAGGUACUGGACCUGGUGAGCAACUCGAUUAAAACUCGUUUUAACAUGGAAAGUACAGCUGUCCUCAAAGGCCUCGGAUACCUACAUCCUGCUCGAAUAUCGCAUUCACAAGCAUGGGAAAGCAUUUCUGUAGCGGCAAAAUGGUUCCAGAAUGAUAUUGAUUUGGAGGCUUUGGAGAGUGAAAUAUUUUCGUUACAGCUAUCAUCAUUGGUAACAGAUGUCAUUGAAAAGGUCGUAUCUGAGAAACGGAAUCCCAAUUUUCUUGAUUUGUUCAAGGCUUUACAGGCUGAACCCCAGUGUUAUGCUUGUGUUAGCAUAUUGAUGAAAAUUGCUUUAACACUUCCAAUCGCUUCAUGUAGUGCCGAAAGAGUGUUUUCGAAGUUGAAGAUAGUCAAAUCGCGACUGAGAUCUACUAUGAAUCAAAACAGGCUUGAAAACCUUAUUCACAUGUAG